AUGGCUACUAAAAUAGCUAAUUCUGCACUUACUAAACAUUCCAUGAGUAAGCCGGUUCCAGCAGAACUAAUCGAUUUCACCACGACCUCUAUGGGUACAUUCCUCCCUAUGAGCCAACCGCAACGUCAAAAAUCUCAACAACUUCCAGACUUACUAGAUUUCAUAAAGAAAAUUGUUCAUGAUUUAAAUUUACCAGUUUUAAUCGUUGUUGUUUGCUUGAUUUACAUUCACCGACUUAAAAAACAAUUGCCUAAAAAUUAUGAAACUGAGUAUGGAACCGCUCAUAGAGUCUUCAUUAGUUCUAUUCUAGUGGCUAGUAAAUAUGUCGAUGAUGUACCAAUUACUGCUAGAAAAAUGUUGGAAUCUGUUGGAAAAGAUAUUUGGUCAAUCAAAGACAUAAUAAGAAUGGAAAGAGCUUUCUUGAGCUUUAUUCAAUGGAAUCUUUCAAUAGAUCGCACUGCUUUUGAUUCCUACUUGAAUGAAUUGAGAGAAAAUCAAAUAGAUCUUUGA